AUGGCCGAAGGAGGGCCCGCCAGGUCCACUGAGCAGGAGGAGCGGACUCGACCCCACAUCCGGUCAGGAGAGGGGUUCUGCAAAUGGUUCAACGUCCGCAUGGGCUUUGGAUUUAUCUCCAUGACCAGCAGCGAGGGGACCCCUGUCGACCCCCCUCUGGAUGUUUUCGUGCACCAAAGUAAGCUGGUGAUGGAGGGCUUCCGAAGCUUAAAGGAAGGGGUGCCAGUUGAGUUCACUUACAAGAAGUCUUGCAAGGGCCUCGAGUCCUUGCGAGUGACGGGACCGGGUGGGGGACCAUGCGCUGGCAGUGAGAGGAGGCCGAAAGGGAAGGUCCCACUCCAAAAGCGCAAACCAAAGGGAGACCGCUGUUAUAACUGUGGAGGACUGGACCACCACGCUAAGGAGUGUAGCCUGCCCCCCCAGCCAAAGAAAUGCCACUACUGCCAGAGCAUCACGCACAUGGUGGCCCAAUGCCCACACAAGCCGAUGGCGCCCUCCGCAGGCUCUCAGGACCAACACGCGUCUACCUCGGCCUCUAGCCCGGGGUCGUCGGCCUACCUCGGCCUCCCAGAGGAAGAAGAGCACUACGGCGCUUCUCCCCUGGGGGGGUCAUCCUCAUCCCCGGAAGAGCCCCAAAGUCACCAUGGACCCCGUACCCAGAGGUGGAGGAAAUACUAA